GCGUAUGUGUUUGUCUGUGUGUCGGUGUUCAGUGGCAGCGUUUCUCUUCUCCGCAGAGGCAGCUACAUUCUCAUCUCCAGGAUGUCGGGCCUUCUGAUCAGCUCUAUUCUGCUCUUCUUCUCCUUGACUCUGUUCAGGAACCCAACGCUAGAAGCAAAGUCUAUUUCAGGAGUUCGUUUUCGAAGGGACCUCCGUGACGCUGCGCCCUACGAGGCUCAGAUGAUGUCAUAUCCUGCGGCUGACUACAAGGGAAGGAGCAGUGAUCUUUACUACCAACCAGAGGCCUCGAGGGCUCAAGGUCUAGGACAAGCCCUCCAGCGAAUGAUGGAGAGCGACCAGAGGCGGGAACAGGAGGCAGCUUAUCUGGCAUCGUUGAUGCGCCUCCUGAAUGACGCGCAGAAUAACAGACAAGGAAAACAGGAAGAGGAGGACGAGGAGGGAGAUUUCCAGGGUCCGUACCCUGCAGAUUAUGAUGAGACCGAGCAGUCGGUGAGCAUGGCUAAGCCCCAGGCAUCAUGGCAGGGCGCUCUGGAUCCCCAACUCACACAGGCCCUUCUCAACGGCUACAAACAGGAGAAACUGAUGCAGGCCGAACGUGCCAAUAGGAUUCCUGAAAGAGAUCAGGACAGAGAUCAAGAGAUGCUCAGGUACCUUGUUGAGAAAAUCCUCUCCAGUUUGGCAUCGGAUGGCAACCAGGCCGGACCCUUGAACCAGCGUGCCAAACGGGACCUGGCCGCCGUGGCCAACAUAGAUAGAACCGGAGGCUCCGCCCUAAAACGAUCCCGGCGGUCCCUGGACUCCGCCCCUGUCUCCUCCCCACAGGCCGAGGCCUCGCUGUUAAGGGUGAAGAGGCUCGAUGAUGACAUCGAUGAUGAAGGGGACGUAGAGCAGAGCAACCGAACGCCACACGUCGGCCUGCAGAGAAUGAAGCGUAUAGACACUGACCUGCCACCGCCCAAAAAACACAGCCGCAAGCGCAGGGCUCUGACCUAUGACCCCAACCUGAUCGCACAGCACAUCCUGCAGUACCUACCAGCCUAAGAGCUGCAAGUGAAAUUAGGAAGUAAAUUGUGGGAUAAAGGGAAUAUAAGACAGAGAGAAAGAAAGAGAAUUUUACUUGCUUACAGAUACGCCAGCACUCCUGCUUGCCAAGGUACAGAAGUUACUCCGUUUCGAUGUUAUACUAUAAUAAAUGUGACACAUAACAGCUUAUCUAAUACGCUUUUUGUUUUUCUCCUUCCGUGCCACGGUUCGUGCAGGCAUAAUAGUAUUACAUUCAAAUUAAUAAUUGAUUAUUUAUAUUAUUGGCCACUGGCUUGUACAAAUAUCUCAUACAAAGAAGUCAUAAAGUCACAACAGCACAGCGGGUUAAGAUUCUUGACUCCAAAUACUGUAAUGUAUGAGACCAAGCUUUUUAGAUUUUAGUCAAAACCAAAACUACAUUUUAAAUAAGGCCAUGCUAGAAUAUAUAAGAGAUACUCAUGUUGUGUAGCCUAUAUUGAGGGAAUAAAUAUUUCUCUUUUUAACACAAGACAAGCCAAAAUCAUUCUGUCCAUGUGUCUUUAAGCAUUAUUUAUCAUGAACUUUACUAUAGCUGUCAUUUCACAGAUCAGUAUGUCCAGCAUACAGUAAGUGACUCUAUACGUUCAUCAUUUAUUAUGGAUAGUUGUAGGCUGAGAUUUUUAUUAGUGUAUUAGUUUAGAUCUAUUUAAAGAACACAGAGACAUAAUCGUCAUAUUUAUGAUUUAUUGCAACAUUAUUAUUGCAUAAUAGAAGAACUGCUACGUGUUUAAACAGCACAGCACACUUUAUUCCCAUCAGAUGCACCAGAGGAGUUUAAACUUGGUUUUAAUGUCCACUUCUCUCUCUUUCUCUGGUUGGUUGUGCUUGUUCCAGCUUCUCAUGUGUCCUAAGAUCAGUGGUGUUUUUCUCUAUCUUCCUGGUUUUGAUGAUGAAACACUAUGUCUGGUUGUGGUAUAGUAACCGAUCAUCUGUCCCGCCUGAUCUUUUUUGUGCUAUGGGUUGGUCAUCCGAGUGAUACAGUAUGAGCUCGUGAAGGAAAUCGUGGCUCUGGCUUUUUCGAUAUUCGUGCAGUCAUGAAAUGUUGUACAAAAAUACAUAUCUCUGCACUGCAAUUUUGUCAAACGUUAAAAUCUCUGUAAGUGCUAAUAAAAUGUAUGUAAACCCAAA